UACAAGAAGUUCUCUUAGGAUAGGCCAGUAGUUUACUAACAGAAUCCGGCGUGUUAGGAUUCAAGUUAUAUAGUAGUCAAGUUAUCUCCUACUAGUGUUUUGUUUAGAAGUAAAAAGUACUUUUUUCGUUCAUCUCCAAAUCACCAAAUUUGUGAGGAAUCCAUUAAUUCAUCUUUAACGUGUUGUAGGAUUUUUGUUCAGCAUCGAUCAAGAGCUUAUUUAUCUUCUCAACACCAAAUUUGUGAGCAAUCUAUUCAAUUUGUAUAUCUCUCAAACACCAAAUUUGUGGUCGAUUCGUCAGCUGUUUCUAUCUCCCUUCAAGACAACAAUCUAACAAUUUGUGGGGGAAUUUAUUUUGUUUGUCAGCUACCAUCACCCUUCAAGACACCAAUCUAAUAACUUUUUUGGUGGGAGAAUCUUGUUUGUCAGCUAUCUUCAUUUAUUUUUGAUUGGAGAACACAUUAAGUUUGUCAGAGACCUCUAUUUAACCUCAUGGCGGUCGUGAAACUAAUGUUACUACCGGUGAUACUUUUCCUACAUUUUGGGCUUCUCCCGAACCAUGUCACAUCGUCACCAAUUCCAUCACCCCCUGUGAAAAUCGACCAGCGUCAGGAGGGCGAAACCAACGUGAGGGCUGACCUCAGCAACAUCGUCGUCGUAAUUGUUCCAUCAGAUGGACUGAAACUUGUGGACACAGCGAGCAUGGGAACACUUAUACAGUUAUUCGCAAAUAGGAGGAGAACUGCAGCAGGUACCAACAAGACACCUCCAGUACCCUCUUCACCUUACAAAGUGGAUAUUGAACAGUCGGCCAUUGAUAAGCUUCAUGCCGAUAUGGAUAGUUUGAACUCGAUAAUUCCAGCUUCGAAGACGUACGAUGACCAGGAAGAGAGAGCUGGGGAAAUACCUGUGGAUAGUGCAUCAAGUUUGGAGGAAGCUAUCACUGGGAAUGGACAGGUUGCUGCAUCAAAUUUGGAGGAAGCAAUCACUGGAACAAAGGAACAGGUUAGUGUGUCAAGUAAGGAAGAUGGAAUCACUGGGAAAAAGGAACAGGUUGGUGUUUCAAGUUUGGAGGAAGCAAUCACUGGAACAAAGGAACAGGUUAGUGUGUCAAGUAAGGAAGAUGGAAUCACUGGGAAAAAGGAACAGGUUGAUGUUUCAAGUUUAGGAAUCACUGGAACCAAGAAACAGGGUACAUCAAGUAUUGUCAUCAAGGAAGCAGUUGAAAAAGUGGAUAUAGUAGGUGGUAGUACACUAGGAACCACCAAAGAACCCGGAGUAACUGGAGAUGUCAAACCUGAGACAGUUCUCAAAACCACCAAAGAACCUGAAGUAACCGGAGAUGUCAAUGCUGUUAACAAGGAUAGUACAACAAUGUCUGCCACAACAAUGGAAGCAAUUGUCACCUCAGUCAACUCCUACAGCAAAAAUGGAGGAUCGGAGAGUGGAGAGAAGAUGGUGAAACUGCAGCCCGCCUCGGUUACAGUAAUUCUGGCCCCCAAGAAGCCUGAACCAUCGGGAGAUGUCCCAGAACGGACACAGUUCGUCGAGAUCCAUAAGCAAACCUCAGCAUCGGUGGCUCCCUCAAAAGACAUGCCUUCACCCUUGUCGUUGACCAUUGAAGACCUGAAGCGUCCCAUCCAGGUUCCCUCUGAGGAUAUGAGUAGCAAGUCAGCUGUGAAGAUUCUGUCCAAGGAGACAUCGAAGCCUCAGCAACGUCACCACAAUCACCAGCAUCAACAGACUCCAAAACCUGCCAGGAAACCAGUUGAAACCGGUGAACAGUCUUCGCCAUCACCAACUGUGCCCACUAAGACCGUUGCUGCCAAGGGUGCUAAGCCUGAAGUGAACUCAGGAGACCAGGAGAGGAAGCUGAAGAUGUUGCAGAGUGGACUUGUCUUCUGUAUGCCUGGCCAGAAGAUGAACGAGGAUGGAGAGUGCGUCACUGCUACUGUUAGACAAAGCCGGAGAGACGACAUGGAGAGACUCUUAGCUGCUCUUAGAUUUGGCGUCGGACCAGCCAACAGAUCUUAAUUCUAUCAUCUUAUUUAUACGAGAUAAGAAUUCAGAAAUUUAGUGGAAUAAGAAAUAAUAUAAUCCCACCCCAUUACAUCUAUAGAUGAUUAUAAUUAUUGUUAAUAAAUUAUUUUGUUUUCAUAUACAA